AUGUGUCAUGGAAGAGUAUUAGAUGGUUUAAGUCGAAGCAUUAAAGUCACUAUUGGACAGGAGAAGAAAAGAAAGAAUGAUCAGUUAGAAAAGAAAACGAAGAGAAAGGAUUUUUUCAAAAAGUUCAUUGGUUUGUUUGUAUAUAAAUUCGAUGUUUCUGUUGUUACGUUCGACGUGAUGAGUCAUACUUGUUGUAUAAUUCAAUUCAAUUUGUCGAAACAAAGUAACGAGAACACACGCUUUGCGUUAGUUAAUCAAAAUUUCCAUGGCUUUGCGACUGGGCAUGUGUACAUUUUGUCGAAAAGUUCGUCUAUUUUUGUACAUACUGAACUAUUUCCAUACUCUAGUAAUAUGGCUUUGAAACACUGUCGGGACGAUGAGAAGAAACUAUCCGAUGAGUAUUUAUCACCGACAAUUUCAUCCUCAACGUUGGAAAUUGUUCUCGAUGAUCAAUUAUCAAAUAAUUCGGAUGAUGAUGACGAUGAUUCGCACGAACAUGUUGGACAAUCAGAAGCGGGUACGACAAACCGUGAGCGAUUGAGUUAUCGACGAAACAAGUCGAUGCCAAUGCGGAAUCCUAAAUCUCAUCGAUUAAUCGAAAAACGUCGUCGUGAUCGUAUGAACGGAUUUCUCAGUGAUUUAUUGAAACUAGUGCCUCAUGAUGACAACCAUGGCCAACGACGGAUCGAGAAAACUGAAAUUAUUGAAAUGGCUAUUAAACAUAUACGAUAUUUAAUUUCAACAUUAGAAAAUAAAUCGAAAGUUGAUUUAACCAACAUCGGUGCAUAUCAGAUUGGUUAUCAAAAUGCAUGGACUGAUUUCUAUGAUUUUCUCAAUGAUUAUACCAACAACGAUCAACUACUCAUGGAUAUAAACAACUUUUUUAAAGAAAGAGACAUCGAAUUAAAAAAUCUCACUGAUGUUGUACCAGAUAGAAAACGAGGAAAAUACACGACAAUACCAAGUAAACGAAUCAAAUCAUCUCAAUCGGUAUCGAGUUCAUCGAAUGAUCAAAUUCGCAAGGCAAAUUUAUCAGAUAAAGAUGAUGAUCGACUAUGUGUUAUAUCCGAAGUCACAGAAUAUAAACACACCGAAUCAUCGUACGGCGAACAACAUCGCUCCAACGAACAGACAGACUCUCGUGUUAAAGUUCCGAUCUUUGUUCUUCAUCCGUCCGGUACACAUUACAUUCCAAUGUGUAUCGAUGCAUCUGUUGUAUCACAUGCAUUCGAGAAACGAUCCAAUGUGGCACAUUCGUCGAUGACAACCGAUCAACUGCAAUGUCAUCCUGUUUCAAUACCUGUAAAUUUUAACCCUCCCAUGACUCUUUCUGAUCCAUAUGAACUCGAUAUUCAAAAUAUCAAUGUUAUUGGUACACGUCAUCAGACCAGUGUAAGACCAGACUAA